AUGGAAAUGCCUUACGGACAACCACCGCUGAAGAAACAACUGAUGGGGAACAUGGAAUACGAGACUCGAUCCACUACCUGGCAGAACACGAACACUGACUCGAAACUUUUUGCGCGGCGAUCGAAUAACGGAAACCCUAGCGCAUUUGAGAAGAAGCUCGUCGCGGCAAGGGAGAAAGAACGUCAACCGCUGGUGAAGCACGUCAAAGCCGAGAAGGCUCCAGCAGACACCAUGGACUCCAUUCGACAAUGGCAACAGCACUAUAGGAAGGCGUUCCCUCAAUUCGUGUUUUACUUCGAUAGCAUCCCCGAGGAUGUGAGACGGCGAUUCUCUCGCCAAGUAAUUGCUCUUGGAGCUCGUGAGGAGAAGUUUUUCUCGCGUCUAGUGACUCACGUUGUCACUUCGCGCGCCAUCCCCCCGGAAUUAGCCAUUCCAGUGGAACCGGAGUCAACCGCAGACGUCGCCAACGGCGAUGGUACCAUGCAAACCGUCAACCCCUCCCUCCUGGAGAGAAACAGCGAGACUCACCUGCAUGCUUUUUUAAAAACCGAGACACGACGUGACCAAGGCACCAUGGACAUUCUGCAAAGGGCAAGACAAAUGGGGAUGAAAAUCUGGGCGUUGGAAAAGCUUCAGCGUAUGAUCACUGCCAUCAAUGACAGUGACAUUGGUGCGCUAUAUGAACAAGCAGCUCGGGGCAGGGCCGCUGGGGGCAGGGCCGCUGGGGGUAACACCGUCAAUGGCAGGGGCGAAAAUGACCUUUCACGGGUUCUUCGUCAGGAACUUCUCAAUGGACCAUCUGAUCGUGAUCCACUGGCAUCAAUUGAAGUGAUAAUGUUCAAAGGACCAUUUGUCUACAUCCACGACAUGAACGAGAAGACCAAACCAGUCAUGGUUCGAGAAUACCCCCGAGUCGCUAGACGCCAGGAUGGAUCAUGGCCACAGUUCCGAAGCGCCCCCCUCGGAAAGUGUCCAUUCAUUGAUGAGCCCCCGAGCAGGAAGGAAUAUGACCUACACCGCCUGCGCCAACUCAACAAAGAGAAGAAGGUCGCCUCUCACGUGGCUCAUGGAUCUCGUAACGCUAAGCCAAAAGCAGCUGUGCCAGUUCAAGUCCCCGAGUCUGUGACUACAACAGAGAUAGCAAACUCCCAGCCAUUGGCAAAACAGGACGAGCUUGUUUCACCUCCUAUUCAGAACGAAAUCCAAAAGCCAUCAUUUGAGGAAACCCAAGAGCGAAAGACUUCUGAAAGCUUCAUCCCCCCCCACUUCCCUCGCACCGGGCCCUUCUAUGUUGGCCGUGAGCCGGCUGCAUCAGGUGUUCAGCCAUCAAACAUGACAUCCGCAAUUCGCUCACAAAUGAUCUCAUCUACCGCUGCAGCACCUGGUGCGAAAGCCGGGCUCAGCAAGGAGGUUCAUGGACUUAAGCGAAAGGUCCUCGAGAAGGGCACAGGUGGAUUUGCAGCGGGAUCCAUGGCUGCCCCCCAACGCCGUGGGGACGGGUUUACAGCAGUUCCAAUGAAGAUGAACAUCAAUCCCCCUGGAAAGUCCAACCAUCUCAAUGAGGAUGAAGCAAAGCAAUCUGAGGUGGCUGGCUCAAAGCGACAAAGAGAUGAUAAAGAGGAGCAAAAGAAACCCGAAUGCCGCAGAGAUCCAAAGCCUGGUUAUUGUGAGAACUGCAUGGACAAGUUUGACGAUUUUGAAGAGCACACUCUGACUCGGAAACAUCGCCGGUUUGCUACGAACUCGACAAACUGGGCUGCACUCGAUGCACUGCUCUCCGAAAUUCAGCGUCCUCUCAAGAGUGAAUUUGAAUACGGACAGAUCUGA